UAUACCUGCUCCUUUCGCUGUUAGCAACGAAGAGAGAAUCCCCUUUGAGCAAAUCGAAAAAUAAAUUGACCCGAGGUUCAAGUCACUAAUGUAUUACUUAAGUGUAAUCGGCGCAUAUUGUAUUUAUUUUGAAAGAGGAUAGCUAACUGUUCUGUUUUAAUAGGCAUUACACAUACGUUAGCUAGCCUGCUAUUUGCUAAGUAAGCUAAUAGCUAUCAAGGUUCUCUAAGGUUUUGAAUCACAUGCGCGAGUAGCUGAACUAGCAAGUUGGCGUUAGCGGUCGUUAAAAAAAGCUAUCUAGCUCGCUAACUCGGCCUAAUAUUAUAUUUUCAUCAUUUGGUUGCAGUGUAUAGUGUUUUUGAGAUAUUAGGAAUACACCGCAAACGUUGUCGUUUAUGGGAUAAUGUCAAUGAAGCAGGCCGGUGGUAAUCGCAAACCCGGCGGUGGUGCUGCCGCUGGGGCCGGACGACAGAAUUUGGGCAGCCCAAACAGGCUAGUGUUUUUACACUCUUAUGUCCAAUAGAAAACCUGAGGGGCCUAAUAAAAUGUGGCCCGCCAGUUGGGGAACCCUGCUGUAUCGUCUUUGAUGUGGCCGCAUCAUCUGGAAAGGACUAGUUCCUGAAAAUAUGUUGGGAAAUGCAAGUUGUCUGGCAGCUAAAAUGGGGACGGCAUAGUGCCAAAGGUACUUCGGCAGCAGUUGUCUUCAAUGGUGUAUAUGCAAACAUGAGGAUGGUCCAUGUCUUGACAUCAGUAGUGGGAUCCAAAUGCGAACUGAAGGUUAAAAAUGGAUUGGUUUAUGACGGAGUGUUUAAAACAUAUGGCCCAGAGUGUGACAUGGUCCUAGAUGCAGCCCAUAGGAAGAUCCCUAAGCCCAGCGAGGGCCCACGACAGGAAGACAUUGUGGAAAGCAUCAUCUUCAAGGCUUCUGAUGUGGUGGUGGUGCACUUCAGAGACGUGGACCUCAAUUUUGCCAGUAAAAUCUCUACCGACACAGACAACUUCACGGAUACGGCGGUGAGCAGCAGAAUCAACGGGGAGCACAAGGAGAAGGACCUGGAGCCGUGGGAUGGAGGGGAGCAGCAGCAGCACGUUGUCACAGGCAGCCUGGAGUCCCUAGACACAGACGUGUCUAAUGGAUGGGACCCGAAUGACAUGUUCAAGUACAACGAAGAGCAGUAUGGCAUCAUGUCGACCUAUGACAGCAGCCUGUCUACCUACACGUUUGCCCUGAGCUGUGUUGCCCCAUGCAGUGUUGCCCUGGAGCGGGAUAACUCAGAGGAGUUCUUGAAGCGGGAGGCACGGGCAGCCCAGCUGGCGCAGGAGAUCGAGGCCAGCGCCACCUACAAGGCCCGCGUGGCCCUGGAGAACGACGAGCGCACCGAGGAGGAGAAGUACUCAGCCGUGGUGCGCGGAGAGAAGGGAGAGCGUGGAGAGCGGGAGCCACACACACUCAACAGAGAAAACAAGUACAUUCCCCCGGGCCAGAGGAACAGAGAGGGGAUGUCAUGGGGAGCGGGUCGUCAGAACUCCCCCAAGUUGGUCCAGAGCAGCAGCGGACCUCCGCGGUCAAGUCCCCAUGACUACAGCCCCAGCUCUGGAGCCGACCAGCGGGUUCUCAACGGAGGUACCACCUCGUGGCCAUCUCCCUGCCCAUCUCCCUCCUUGCGUCCUCCUUUUUGCUACCAGUCAGGGCCCUCCUCUCUCCCAACCAGGGUGGCCACACCCACCCGGCCUCCCUCCAGACCUCCCUCGCGGGCUUCCCGGCCCUCGUCUCACCCCUCCGCUCACGGCGCUCCAGCUCUCGUCUCCACUAUGCCCAAUAGACGCAUAUCCUCCGAAGGCCCUCCCAGGAUGUCACCGAAGACACAGCGCACCCCACGCACCCAUAGAGUUCCCCCUGGGGGUAGAGUCCCUCCAGGAGUAGACUUCAUGCCCCACAAUGCUCCAGGAGAGGUGCCUGUGCCCCCGCCAACCCGCAGCAGCUCUUCCGGUGGCACCUGGUCUUCUGUGGUCAGCGGAGCACACAGGCCUCGCUCCCCUCGGCAGAACAGCAUGGGCGGGGCCUCCCCUGGCCCUUCCUCCCUCCCCUUGGCCCAGACUGGGACCACCCCCGUAGAACCUGCUAGCACGCAGUCAGCCUCAUCACCCACUGCUGCUAGCCCCGCCCGGGAUAUGGCCGCCACUCCCUCAGCAGAGGCAAAAGAGUCUCGGGUCCAGGAGAAGAGACAGAACUCCCCUACUGCCAACAAGGAGAACAUGAAGCCCCUGGAGAGCCCCCCUAGUAUCAGCAGACCCCUCUCUAAAGGACCCCCCUCCAUGGCACCAGACCACAGAAAACAAAUAGACAACUUAAAGAAAUUUAGUGUAGAUUUUAGGUUGCAGUCCAGCUCUAACCCAGAUCCACAGUUUGAGCAGAUGAUGACCAAGCCUCCACCAGAUGCCGUGGGAGAGAAGCCCAAGGAGCUUCCUCUGGACAAGGGUUUGGAGGGGUCUGAGGAGGGCGCCGUGGCCCCCACCGGGAGCAGCAAGGCAGGCAGCCCUGGAGCACCAUCCUCCUCCUCUACCCUCUGUACUGCCCCGGAGCAGAAGAGGGGGCCUGACGUGACCUCACAGGGUGUCCAGACAUCUGCACCCACCUUCAGCGGAGGGGCCAAGCCUGAGGACAAAGAAGAAAAGGAGCCAGUCAAAGAUCAAAUCAUAAAGUCGACUCUCAAUCCUAAUGCCCAUGAGUUCAAACCUAGGGUGUUCAAUACUCAGCCCAAGCCGGCCACCACUCCAACCCCCCCGCGGCCCCAGGGCCAGCCCAGCCCCUCCAUCGUGGUGCAGCAGCCCCAACAAGUCUACAGCCAGACUGUCUGCUUCCCCCAGAUGUACCCUCUGACCCCAGUCAGCCCUGGGGUUCAGAAAAGCAUUAUCUGGAAGUCUCCAGCCAUGUACCAUGUCCAGAUGCCUCAUAUGACGGUGAGCCAGUCCAAGCCCUACAGACCAGGUAAAGUAGCCAACAUGCCCCAGCAGAGGUCAGACCAGCACCACCCCCAGGGCACACCCACCAUGAUGCACCCGGCCCAAGCCGGGGGGCCGCCCAUUGUGGCCCAAAGCCCCACCUAUUCAGCCCAGUACUUCACCUGCAGCCCGCAGCAGUUUACCAGCCAGCAACUGAUGCAGCAGAUGCCCCACUACCAGUCACAGGCCCAGCAUGUGUUCAGCCCGGUGAUGCAGAGUCAGGCCAGGAUGAUGGCCCCUCCCAACCACGGCCAGCCCGGCCAGCUGGUCUCCUCCUCCACCACCCAGUAUGGCGAGCAGACUCACACCAUGUAUGUGUCACAAGGCCCCAUGCCGCAGCAGUACCAGCACCCCCAACCCUCGGCCACGCCCACAGGCCAGGCCCAGCAGGGCGGGCAGCAUGGGGGAAACCAUCCGGCUCCCAGCCCCGUCCAACAGCACCAGGCUGCAGCCGCCCAGGCCCUGCACAUGGGCAACCAGCCCCAGCAGCAAAUGUACCAGGCCCUUGCCCCCACCCCGCCCUCCAUGACCCCAGGGACCAACCCCCAGUCCCCCCAGGGCAGCUUCCCCUCUGCCCAGCAGGCCGUGUACCUCCACCCCCAGCAGAUGCAGCACGGCUACAACCCCUCCCACAUGGCGCACAUGCAGCAGGUGAGCUCCACCUUCAGAAGCCCUUCACUUCACUCUGUGUACAUACUAUAUGAACAGGCCCAUAUGCAGUCUGGGAUGGUUCCCUCCCACCCUCAAAUGAUGCUGAUGGCCACCCAGCAGCCAGGCGGCCCCCAGCCCCAACUCCCCCAGAACGCCCUCAACCCCAUACCGGUGUCCUCCACUACACACUUCUCUUACUUGGCACACCCCCAAGUGCAACAGCACCAUCAGUAGCAGCUGUGGCGGGUGCUACUGAGAACAUGUACCCCUUAUCCAGCCCUCGCUCUCUUCAAGGGUCUUGACACAGAGAAGCCACACAGAUCUCGUCAUGCUACUACACAUAUGCUUUCCUCUCCCAGUCAUAAAGAAUGUUUGACAGGUUGUUGCAUUGGAGAGGUUUUAUUGAUUUAAGAACAGAAAGGAUCCCUCGCUCUUCCCCACACACACACCUUUAAGAAACCUGCAGAGGGUCCCUAAUGAAACUUGAUUCAGCUUGCCAAUUGAGAGAAAGAUAAAAUGAAAGUUCCAGUCAUUUUUUUUAUCUGCACCUUUAUGAAAAUUCUUCCAACUUAGACAGUAUUAAUGUUACUGUUUAACAGCUGCUGCUGCAUUCAAGACUUCAGAACAGGUUUUAACCAAACUAAAACCAAGUUUGGCCUAAAGGACAAACAUAUAUUAAUUAUGAUGGCUAAAGUGAUCCCACUUCUGACCUGACCAUUAUGUAACUUUUACUUUGUAGAUAAUAUAAAUAAUUUAAAACAUUUGGGGAAAAAAUAAUAAAAAAAAACAUUUUAAAAACCGGA